CAUUCUCAAAGCUAGAGGUUGACGGAGAUGGAGAAGGGCAAAGGAAGCGAGGAGAGAUGGAGCGGAGCCUUAGCGAAUCUGACGGAGAUGGCUGCCAAUUUGGACUCCUUGCAGAAGCUACUCCUCAAGAAAGCUGUCUUCGUUGACGAAGAGACCUUCGCUAAAGCCUCUCUUAGCGCCGAACAAGUCCGAACCAUCAAGGUUCUUGAACAAAGGGUUGAGACUCUGGAGAGGGAACUAGAUGCUGCUAUAACAGCAGCUGCUCGUGCACGUUCAGAAAAACGACAGGCUGAGGCAGGACAAAAGACUGCUGAAUUACGUGCUCAAGAAGUAACGAGAGAGCUAGAGAACACGACAAAGGUUUUUGAGCUGCAUAUGCAAGAGCUGCGGACAAAACAAGAAGAAAUUGCUAAGCGAGAUAAUGAGAUUAAACUCUUGGAAGCAAUAAUUCAGACGCUUGGCCGAAAAGAAUCACGUGGAAGUACAUAAAGGACCUGUGUAGAUUGUAUUCACGUUGAUGCUGAUCCUUGUUUUACCAGAAAUAGACAUGAUCUAAAUUGUUACGUUAUCAUAUUGAAAUAUGCUUUAUUCCUAUAUGGAACACUCUUCUGCUUAUUAUGAGAUCAUUGUCCAUUCUUAGACACAAAACAGCUAGGGGGAAGUGUGCAAACCAGAAAUUUUAUGCGGUUCUAAAUAUUUUAAAUUUCACAUUUUUGUAGUAAA